CACGCACGACACUGACCCCACGCAGAUCCAAAGCAGGAGUCAAAACAACACUUUGCGUUUUCCACCAUCAUCAUACAAAGGACGAAGAAGCGGGCACCUUUGUUGGAAGAAAUGAUGAUAGGCCUGGGUCCCCUGUUGUUGGUCUUCCUGCUGGGUCUGAGUCUGACCCCAUCCACCCUGGCUCAGGAUGACUACAGGUACAGACACUUCCUGACCCAGCACUAUGAUUCCAAACCAAGUGGCCGGGAUGACAAAUACUGCAACAUCAUGAUGGCCAGACGAAACAUGGAUUCACCCUGCAAAGACACCAACACCUUUAUUCAUGGCAGCAAGAAAGAUAUCAAGGCGAUCUGUGAUGAUAAGAAUGGGGUGCCUUACAGAGAAACUUUCAGACAAAGCAAGUCUUCUUUCCAGAUCACCACUUGCAAGCAUAUAGGACAGUCCUCCUGGCCUCCCUGCCGGUACAGAGCUAAUAAAGGGCACAGAGUCAUUGUUGUUGCCUGUGAACGUGGCUUUCCUGUCCACUUUGAUGAGUCCUUUAUCCGUUCAUAAGAAGCAGGCCACUGGCCCAGAGUGGGCUCUGCUCUCCAUUCCUUGCAUUUCUCCUACACACUGCAGAACCGUGGCAGCAACAUUCAUUGCCAGGGGCCCAGGAAAUGAACGGCCUGGAUCUUUUGUUUUCAGUUUUACAAUAUGUUAAUAAAUAAAAAUGUCUCUGAAAUCA